GCCUAUAAAACACCUGCCUGCUACCAUGGCUUUGCCUCAUUCCCUUCCACAAACUGCAUGAUGUUUGCUUCUCGCUCCAUCAUGUUUGCGCUGCUCGGCCUUCUCGCUGGAGCCAAUGCGUGUGUACAGUGCCCAGCCACAUUGAAUGUUGGCGGCAGUGCCAAGGAACUAUUGACGAACGAUAUCUGGCGAGAACUCGAGUACACAUUUUGCACUUACGAUGGCCGGAAUAGUGACGGCUCGGCAACGUACUGCAAUUAUUACACUGUAAGUACUUUCUGGAUAUUGUUCCCCUCAUUGUUCUCUGUUGACACGCUAGUGAUGGCAUCAGGAGAACGGCUUGCUUUGGGAUGGGUAUAAGUCUUGUCCGGGCAAAGCAACUGUGAAAAAUAACUGCUGAACGUGAUGUGAAGAGGUGGGGGAGACGAGACACCCAACAGGAGGCGCAAUGUUCGUCCGCAGACAGCCGGGUGUAUGCCAGCACUUAGAUCACUAUCUAUUACGAGAAAUCCCAAAUGCUUAAUCACAUC